UAGAAAAAAAAUGUUGACAAUAUUGGUGGUUAAAUCUCCACGAAAACACCUCAACUGCGUCAUUGUUCCUUAGUGCUAAAAAAAAAACCUGUUUGUCUUGUUUGCUACUUUGUUUUCCAAAGGGAACGAAAAUUUGCUCUUCAAUUCCUUUCGUUAAAAAAAUAAAUAAAAUUAAACCUACUGUUAGUUCAUAUUUUUUUAACAUUUAUCCUAAGUAUUUCGUGUUGAUAAUUUCAAAAGAAUUAUUAAAAUGGUUUUAGUUAAAAGUACUCACUUUACAAUUGAGAAACACCAAUGACAUAAUUUGGAAGAAACUCCUCACCACACCUGUUCAACAAGCCCCACCCCAAGCCAAGGCAGCUUGAGUAUUUCAGUGGCUUGUGAUUCAAGUCAACUGCCAUUUUGGUAUUUUAGUUCCUCGUUGUCCUUUCUUUUUGCUUUAAGCACUGAUUUUUGUAAACUUAAACCUUUUCUGGUUCAUCCAUACCUUCAAGACCUCAAGCAUCAUUAUGGCCUCAGCUUGGCCUGAAGAGGACAGCUUUGCUUGCUCAGUAUGUCUGGAAACUCUGAAAGACCCCACCACUCUAACAUGUGGACACUCUUACUGCUUGAAUUGCAUCAAAAACCACUGGGACAAAGAAGAAGACAAAGGUCAGUACACCUGCCCGCAGUGUAGGCAGCUCUUCACUCCUCGGCCUUGUGUUGGCAAGAACAAUCUGCUUGCACAGGCCAUGGAGAAACUAAGAACAAACAGUAUAAAGCAAAGCUCCUUGGUGGGCAUCUAUUCAGCUGGACCAUCAAGGCCCUUCUACUUAGACGUUGUACCUGAUAUUGGACCGAGGAAGGGGAGCAUGUACCCACAUCUGCCUUCAGUGGAACCCAGACCCUGCCCUCAACACAACCAACCACUGGAUCUAUUUUGCCAUGAAGACGAGGAGUGUGUGUGUGUAAUGUGCUGCCAAGAUGGACACACAGGACAUCGUGUGGUUAGACCACAAGACGAAAGAAGAGAGAGACAGAAAGAGGUCAUCCAGAUGCAGGCAGAGGUACACAGGAGAAUCCAGGAGACUGAGAGGAUGACCGGGAAAAUCCCACAUACGGCUCGUCAGCACAAGGCUUUGCUACAGGCCCUUCAAAGAGAGAGUUCUGAGUUAUUUCCUGAGCUGGUUAAAAGUCUGAAUCUUACAGGGACACAGGUUGGCAAGCUCCUUAGUGAUCAUGAGAUGGUCUUUGACGAUCACGUUGAGGGACUGGUCAAGUGUUUAGAGCAAGAUUUAGCACAGCUUCAUCUCAAAGGUGAAGAGCUAAGCAGGCUGGCUUACAUGCAGGAUGACAUCAGCUUCUUGAAGAAUUUCUACCUAACGGAGCCGCUGGGGCAGAAUGAUGCCACAGGACAGUCUGGGAUUGAUCAGGAGGAAGCCGUAGUGGCCUCCAUACGAUCGGUCAUAAAAGGGCUGCAAGAAUCAAUGCAAGACCUCUGCAAAGACAGUUUGGCCAAGAUUGUCAAAAUAAUGAGUCAUGAACCCAUGGCUUCAACACCAAACGGUGUGUCAGAAACAAGCACAAUAUCCACUGAUAAUUCUGGUCAGGCCACUACACAAGAUUCAGUCUAUGAAGAAAUAGAUAUUUCUCCAGCUUUGCCACCUCUCCAACUUCAGUCACGUGAGUCUUCAAGAUUCAGAGGCUCUAUGAGUCAUCAAGCUUCAGUACCCCCUCCACCACUCCCACCCCCUCGACGUCAAGAAACAUCAAUUAGGCUUGUGAAUCCAGAGCCGAAAACAAGGGAGGAGAUGUUAAAAUUCCGCUUUGAACCUACCAUGGACCCCAACACAACAUACCGCCACAUGAAGCUCUCAGAUGAUUGUCGUAAGAUUACGAUGCGUGCUGAAAACCUUAAUCCUCCUGACCACCCUGAUCGCUUCUUCUUCUGGAGACAAGUUCUCUGCAAAGAGUCUCUGGCAGGGAGCCCUUAUUACUGGGAGGUGGAGUGGACUAGCCAGAAGGUCACCGUUGGUGUUGCUUACAAGGAGAUGGAGCGUAAAGGCUCUGACAACAAAAGCCGUUUGGGUCACAAUUCUCAGUCCUGGAGCCUAUACUGGUCUGGGACUGGCUUCUCCUUUUGGCACAAUAACCAGGAAAAACUGCUGGGCUCACCUAAGGCAAAGCGGAUUGGCAUCUAUCUGGACCAGCAUGGAGGGAUUCUAAACUUUUACAGCAUCAUCAAUAACCAGGCUCAUCUCAUCCAUCACUACGAGACUCAGUUCACCGGGCCAUUGUACGCAGGGUUCAGGCUGUGGGCAGGAGUAGGGGACUCGCUCACUAUUUGUCAACUGGACUGAGCUAAUGAUUAUUUUUGAUUAUUUUUGAUAGAGCCUCCCUGUUUGGUUGGAAUAAUGUGAAACUAAAUUUUAAGCCCUUAAAAUGUUUUAUGGCUCUAAUGUGCAUAGAAAUAUAUUUACUGUAUGCGAUUCCAUGAAUGUUAUUUGUGUAUCAACCUGAUUGUGAUUUGAAUUUUACUAAUGGUUAUAAGGUAAUAAAAUAAUAAGCAUCUUAUUUUAAA